AGCAGAAGAAGCCAUUACCUUAUUGGAAGUAAUGAGUCAAAGAAAUGUAAAACCUGACAUUGUCACCUACAGUUGUUUAAUACAUGGAUUGUGCAAUUCAAAUAAAUGGACAUAAGCAACAAGCUUGCUCGGUAGGAUGAUGAAUGAAGGUGUCCAUCCUGAUGUUGUGACUUUCAGUUCUUUAAUCGAUGCUUUAUGUGAGGAAAAGAGGAUUGAAGAAGCCAUUAUCAUGUUGGAAAUGAUGAGUCAGAGAAAUGUAAAACCCAACAUUGUCACCUUCAGUUGUUUAAUACAUGGAUUGUGCAAAUCAGGCCAAUGUGAAGAAGCAAUAAGCUUGCUCAGUAAGAUGGUCACUGAACAUAUUGUUCCUGAUAUUGAAACUUUUAACAUUUUGUUGGAUGCUGUUAGCAAACAUGGAACAAAUGACAAAGCUCGUGAAGUACUGAAGGUAAUGGAUCAACAUGGUGUGAAGACUAAUGGAUUUACUUACAGGACAAUGAUCAGAAUGUAUUGUGCGCUUGGUGAAAUGCACAAGGCAAAGGAUGUCUUUGAUUCAUUGGCAACCCAGGGUUUUGCACCUGAUUUAGAGGCUUACAAGAUGUUGAUCAAUGGGUAUGCAAAGAGCAAAAGAAAAGAGGAGAUUGUGAGGCUUGCUGAAGAAAUGCUCCAAAAGGGAUUGACACUUGAUGUGGAAACUCAUAGCAUGCUAAUAGGGUUAACAAGGCUAUGAAAGUUGUAUGUUGCAGAUAGUGAUCUUAAUGGUAGUUCCAAGCAUCCUCAGUUCUCUGUAAAGUUAGUGAUUCUACAGGACGAGUGCAACUCAUCAAAAUCAAGGCCAACAUUGAGAUUCUUCAGUCAAAAAGUUCAUUGAUGAAUUCAAGUCCUGAACCAGAGUUCUA